AUGGUAGAAGUUGGUUAUACAACUCUGUGUCGGUAUCUAUGGCCUUAUCAUACCUCGGGCCUACGGCCCUCGACUAAAAGUUCACAGUAUCGUUCUCAUUUCGAUGCAACUGCUGAUGAUGCACUAGUGCUACCUAGACCAACUCAAAACCAUCAGUUAAAGUACAAUACUCGUGGUUUACCUGUUGUUGAUGUUGUGGUUGAUCCUCAUUUAUCACUUAAGCUCCGCCCACAUCAGCGUGAAGGUGUUAUAUUCCUGUACGAGUGUAUGAUGAGCAUGAGAGAGUACAAUGGAUCAGGAGCAAUACUAGCUGAUGAGAUGGGACUAGGCAAGAGUCUUCAGUGCAUAUCAUUAAUAUGGACGUUACUAAAGCAAGGUCCUUAUGGUGGGUUGCCUGUGAUGAGACGAGUCGUUGUUGUCACUCCUGGAAGCUUAGUCAAG